AAUAUAUUGAUAUAAAAUAUAUGUUGGUUAGUUUAGAAGAUGUCCAAGUGAGGGAUGUUGAGGAAAGUGGAGAGACAGCCAAGCCUGUGGCGGAAUCUGAAGAUUUUGUAGAUGAUGGGCUUGAUGAUAGGAUACCCAGGAUUGCUUAUCCAAGAUUGGUGUAUACUGAUGCGGAGGAAAAGGAAAUUGGGACGUUUGAGAUAUCUCCUCGCCAUUUUGAAGGUCAUGAGGAUGACCUGAAUAAGCUACUGAAAAAGGAAACCGAUAAGAGGAUGGAAAGGAUAUCUAAAAAGUUAAAGAAAAAGAUGCGUAUUUACUGCUAUUAUUGCCAGAGAAAUGUGUGGACAGUCAGGUCUUUAUUUAAGAGUUCAGAAUACUCUAAAAUUCUUGUUUUGAAAGACAUUUUAUAUUUUGUCACAUUUUUGCUAUCAAUACUCUUGUGUAUUGGGAUAUUUGCGCUAUGUCCUAUAAUUAUGUUAACAACUGACCUCUCUGAGGAUCAUAAGCAACUAUUAAUAUAUUGCUGGAUGCUGGCACUAGCUCUCAAUAUAUUCGUAAUAAUAUGCCUAGUUCUAUUCUACUUAUGGAAUUCAAAUCACUAUUGUUCGAGGUGUAAGAACCCGAUGAUUUUUAAGUUCCGUAAGAAGGUAAAUUGUCUCCUCUUCGAUGGAGCUAUGAAACCAAAUCAUGAAUCAUCCCAGAAUGAAUAAAAUAUAAAUCGACUAUAUUUUAUUUCAAUGUUCUA